AGGGGACGGGAUAGGAGGUGUUCCUGGGCGGGGCCUCGAGGCCGGUUUGGAAUUUUUGGCGCGAGCCGGCUCCGCGCGCGUUCACGGGCCGUUCCCCCUCCGGAGGGUCCUCCGUCUGGGCGUCCGGAGCGGUCGACGGCAGACCCCGGCCUGCUUGGCCACCCCGACGGCUCCCGCGGUCUCCGCAGACUCGAAAUCUGGGACCUCGCUGAUCUGCGCCCCGUCCACCCGCCCCAGCUCCUCCCCCCAGCAGCAGCCCCCACUUUACUCGCCCCUCCCGGGAGAGCCCCGCCCGCUUUCCGUCAAGUCUCGCCCUACGGCCGCUCCCGGUGCGCUCACCUCUGUUCGCCAGAGUGUCCCCACGCCCACGGAAGUGAACUGGGCUGAGGCCCUGCCCGCGAGGAACUCACAGUCUAGCGGCAGACCGUGCUCAGCAGAUGUGUCCGGCCCGGUGAAAGGGUGAGGCGAGAAGGCCUGAGUCCUGAGACCCCCGGAAACUGCAGAGGCCAUCCGGGCCUGGCCUCGACUCUGGGCCACCCUGGAGUCACCUGGGAGCCGCUGCUCCUUCUGCCUCCCCCAACCCACCCCUGAGGCUGUUGGCCAGGCCUACCGUGUUGGAUGACUUCAAUUUCUUAAAGAAGCUGAGAGAAGAAAGGAAAGCAAAUAAAGUCAAUUAUUCAAGAGGAGACCUUCAGAGCUCUGUUUGACAACCUGCUUCUAUCCCCGAGCAAAAUCUCUGAGCCUGAGCUAUGGAGCUGGGAGCAGGACAUUGGUGCUUGUCACCCCCACGGCCUUCAUGUUUAAAGCAGAACUCGUGUGUGGUGUAGACGCGGUUCUCUUCCACAGCAUCUUUGGGGUCACAGGACCAGGCGCUGUUUGAGUGGACUCAGCCUCUGUCUCUGCCCCCAAGCCUCCUGCGCUAGUCAUGCCCGUGCCCACGGAGGGCACCCCGCCACCCCUGAGCGGCACCCCUGUCCCAGUCCCAGCCUACUUCCGCCAUGCAGAACCUGGCUUCUCUCUCAAGAGGCCCGGAGGGCUCAGCCGGAGCUUCCCACCCCGGCCCCCUGCCAAGGGCAGCAUCCCCAUCAGCCGCCUCUUCCCUCCUCGGACCCCAGGCUGGCACCAGUCCCAGCCCCGGAGGGUGUCAUUCCGGGGUGAGGCCUCAGAGACCCUGCAGAGCCCUGGGUAUGACCCAAGGAGGCCAGAGUCCUUCUUCCAGCAGAAUUUCCAGAGGCUGAGCCGCCUGGGCCACGGCUCCUACGGAGAGGUCUUCAAGGUGCGCUCCAAGGAAGACGGCCGGCUUUAUGCUGUAAAGCGUUCCAUGUCACCAUUUCGGGGUCCCAAGGACCGGGCCCGAAAGUUGGCCGAGGUAGGCGGCCACGAGAAGGUGGGGCAGCACCCUCGAUGCGUGCGGCUGGAGCGGGCCUGGGAGGAGAACGGCAUCCUGUACCUGCAGACGGAGCUGUGUGGGCCCAGCCUGCAGCAGCACUGUGAGGCCUGGGGUGCCAGCCUGCCCGAAGCCCAGGUCUGGGGCUACCUGCGGGACACUCUCCUUGCCCUGGCGCACCUGCAUGGCCAAGGCCUGGUCCACCUUGAUGUCAAGCCUGCCAACAUCUUCCUGGGGCCCCGGGGCCACUGCAAGCUGGGUGACUUCGGGCUGCUGGUGGAGCUGGGUACAACUGGGGCCAGUGACGCCCAGGAGGGAGACCCCCGCUACAUGGCCCCCGAGCUGCUGCAGGGCUCCUACGGGACGGCGUCGGACGUGUUCAGUCUGGGUCUCACCAUCCUGGAAGUGGCAUGCAACAUGGAGCUGCCCCACGGUGGGGAGGGCUGGCAGCAGCUGCGCCAGGGCUACCUGCCCCCCGAUUUCACUGCCGGUCUAUCUACUGAGCUGCGCUCUGUCCUCGUCAUGAUGUUGGAGCCAGACCCCAAGCUGCGGGCCACAGCCGAGGCCCUGCUGGCCCUGCCCGUGCUCAGGCAGCCACGGCCCUGGAGCGUCCUGUGGUACAUGGCUGCCGAGGUCUUGAGUCGAGGCUGGGCCCUGUGGCAGGCCCUGCUCACCGUGCUGUGCUGGCUCUGGCAUGGGCUGGCUCACCCUGCCAGCUGGAUGCAGCCACCAGGCCCGCCUGCCACCCCGCCCGGCUCUCCACCUGGCUCCCUGCCCUGCAGCCUCCUCCUGGACAGCAGCCUUUCCAGCAACUGGGACGAUGACAGCACAGGGCCCUCACUCUCCCCUGAAGCAAUCCUGGCACGGGCAGGGAGCACCUCUACGCCCCGGAGCAGGUACACACCCAGGGAUGCCCUGGACCUCAGUGACAUUGACUCAGAGCCUCCCCGGGGCUCCUUCCCCUCCUUUGAGCCUCGGAACCUCCUCAGCCUCUUUGAGGACUCCCUAGACCCAACCUGAGCCCCAGGCUUGGCCUCUGCACUUUUAGCCUUUUAUCCUGUUUCCCUCCCAUCCCCCUGAAAGCUGGAUCCCUCUGGAAGCUCCCAUGGCCCCUUUUGUCUGGCUGUGUCUAAUAAAAGGUAUCUGAAUUUUGGGAA